AUGGGCUGGAUUCUGCACUCGAUAGCUCUUCUCAGUGGACUCUUUGGUUAUGUGGCAGCAACCCAAGACUGUGGCACAUGCUAUCAGCUAAACAUGAUGGUCGUUAUUGGUAUCAUUACCUGUGAUAUAAUUCUCACACUUCUUAUUACUAUCACGGUCUACUGUUUUGCAUCACGGGAAAAAAGAAAGAAGAGCUUGCGUACACAUAAGAACUCCAGUGAGACAGACAAGGGAAAAUUUCGCCAGUCGUCAAGCAAACCAAAGGAAGUGGAAAUUACAGAGUCACCUUAUCAGGAACUAUAUGGAGUGCAGUCCGAUAUAUACAGUGAUCUUCACCAGUAUCGGAAAUAAUGCUUCUACAGGUGAUAGGAUCUCUGUCGCUUUACACAACAAUUUAUAAACCGACAAGGUUCAGAAUGCAAUUUUAGACAUUACUGGCCUUUCUGUAAGUCUGUUACUUUGAAUUUUUGACUUUUGAAAUAUUAAAGGUUUUGUCAGUGUGUGCCUGAGACAGCAGGUGUGAUUGGGCCAGAAAGCCUAGCGGUCACAGCUGA